AUGUCUAGCGGGUGGAGAAGAACAGUGGGGAAUGUAAGGUCGUUUGUAGGGAAUUCAAUGGGAGGUCUUAGAGGAGGAAGCAAUCUAGCGUCGUGGAUAGUUGCAGGAACCUUAGCUUACUAUCUCUGGAUUAAGCCAUCUCAGGAUCUUAAGCGACAGCAAGAGGAAAAGGCAGCACUUGCCAGUUCUGAUCCUUAUCGUUACGUCGAGAAACGGAAGCCAAUUCCCGAUCGACAGGAAACUGGAUUGAUAUACGGGAACAAGAACAGAACAAACAAAUCAGAGGAAUAA